AUGGAGCUUCGUUUCUGCUUCUCUGUUGAUCUACCGGAGUUUCUGGCCGCCGCCGUAGCUGUUGCUGCCGCCGGUUCGAAAUCGCGGCUGCUUCGUGUUAUUAUUCCGUUGCUUCCCUUUCACCCUCAUUCACAAAAACAUGGAAGGAAGGAACGGAAGGGGGAAGGGGGAAGAAAAAGCCGCGUCAGGGGAAGAGAAGGAAGGGACGACGCCACAGCCAAGGCUCGCCGCGGUCACACCGUUCUCGGCCCGCUGCGUGCCCCGCCGCGCCUCGCCGCCAGAACCGCGCGAAGGACAGAGGUCCGAGUGAGGGAGAAGUGGAGGGCGAGAGGGAGAAGGAAGGGACGACGCCACAGCCAAGGCUCGCCGCGGUCACACCGUUCUCGGCCCGCUGCGUGCCCCGCCGCGCCUCGCCGCCAGAACCGCGCGAAGGACAGAGGUCCGAGUGAGGGAGAAGUGGAGGGCGAGAGGGAGAAGUGGAGGGCGAGAGGGAGAAGGUUCGUGUGCCGUUGGAGCCGCUUCGUCACCACCGUUGAGGUCCUCACCAUCGCCGUUAAUGGAGGACGUCGUCGCGAGGAUGAGCGUCGCCUCGCCGCAGUCCCUGCUGAGCCGCCGCCACCACUAGGGUUUUGUCGCCGCCACUUGUGCUACUGUCGGCGAGCACGAAGCCAGAGGAGAAGGAAGAGCGACGCCAUCCCUUGCCGCAUUGCUUGGGGCUGUCGCGCCGCCACUGCCGUUCAGGGAAGAUCCGCUACUGCCGUCCGAGAAGCCACCUUGCUGCGAGUCAGGACUGAGGUGAGAGAGAGAGAGCUACGAAGGAGUGGACUUUCUCCGCCGCUGCUAGGCCAUGACCGCCGUUUUGGAGGUUGCCGUCGCCGCUGCCUGGGUCCUUGUGGUCCAAGCCACCAUUGAUGGAGCUUCGUUUCUGCUUCUCUGGUCUGUUGAGGGAGGAGCUCAUGGGUGGAAGAAGGCCAAUCGAGGGAGAGAAACGCCAUUGAGUGGGGGGAGGUCUGCCACCGGUCCGAUCUGAGGAAAAGGAAGUGCAACCGGAAGAGCAGGCAGGGAGCUAUCGCCGCUGCUGCCAGCUCCUAGAUGUUGUUCAAGCCGCCGCUCCUGCCGCCCAAAAAUCCCGCUGCCGUCGUCGAAAAACUCUUACGGUAAGGAUUUUAUUUGAGGUUUCUGCCUUUUUGGUUUUUGAGAUGGUUUUGAUGCUGUGCAGUUUUUCUAGUUGAUCCACCGGAGUUUCUGGCCGCCGCCGGAGCUGUUGCUGCCGCCGGUUCGAAAUCGCGGUUGCUUCGUGUUG